GCAUAUUUAUUAUGACAGAGUAACUAUUGUUUAUGGAAGUAAACUGGUUAACAGUGUUCCGUUUUUAAUUUCCCUUAAAUCAUGUUUGCUUGUUUCAGUCACUGGUUCAAUAAACAAAUCUUAAAAUUCAUUCUACAGACAAAUCCCCCAGGCACAAAUUCUGUUUAAAUUAUUUACGGAGCUUCGCUUCCCAGUCGGAAUCCCGGUCUCAUUACGUCACGAUGGGUGUUUCCCUGUCGCGGGGGGUAAGGGAUGUGUGCGCGUGUGGGGUGUAAAGAAGGCUGGGGUUCGCACCCCCGCUCGUUCCGGCCAUCCCCGCUACGGUGGAAAAGGCGCAAAGCAGCAUCUCCCGCAGUCCGUUGCGGCGAAGCGAGGUGAAGGAGUCCGCGCGCGAGUACGCGCGCGCUGUGUGUGUGUCCGGGCAUCGGAGGCGCGCGCGCUGCAGUGAGAGGCGCCUCGCAGACCAGGCGUGUCUGCGCUCCGCAGCCGCAGCGGGACACAAAUUGUAACUUCACCGAGACACCGGUAGAACCCAUCACUGCAGAUUUCGUUUGUCCUCCAGCUGGGUGCUGCAGGAAGAAUCACCUGGAGUCAACUGCUCAAGGUGGACCCGAGGAGAGGAACUGAUCCCCACCGGACUUGGGUCUCCCGUCAGCUGCGGUGUCGCCUGUAGAACGGAACCUGGGAAAACGAAACGGAAAGACAGCCAGCCAUGUAUUUGGUGGUGCUGUUCCUUCUACACGCAGUCUCCAAUGCGCACCAGCACUACGGGCGCCCCGGGCGCAGGACUUGCGCUCAGGGUGUCUUCCAUCACAACCCCAUAGUCGUCCGCACAGAGUCUUUUGUGCAGCCAAUCCACCAGCCUUACAUCACCCAAUGCCCAGGCCAUCGGCUUUGUAGCACCUACAGGACGCUGUACAGGGUGGCCUAUCGGCAAGUUCGCCGAACGGCGCCGGACACGUAUUCCUACCCAGAAUGCUGUCCGGGUUGGCGCAGGGUCUACUCUCGCAGCUGUAAUCAAGCGGUGUGUGCUGAUGGCUGUGUGAACGGAGGUACCUGCGCGAGGCCCAAUCGCUGCGUCUGUCCGUCGGGUUGGACGGGCCGGAGCUGCCAAACAGAUGUGGACGAGUGCAGCGGUUCUCGGCCCUGCUCUCAGACGUGCCGCAACACAGCAGGGAGUUACCGUUGCGAGUGCAAGGAGGGCUACGCGCUGGCUGAGGAUGGGCGGUCCUGUGAGGCCCUGCCGCCACCCACCCUUCCAGCCCGGACCAAAACGGACAACCUCAGAGCGUCCGCCAGCGAAAACGGCUCUGGUGUCAAGAAUGUUGACAAUGUCACAGAGGAGGUCCAGGAAUUGAAGAACAGAGUGGAACUGCUGGAGGAGAAGCUGCACCAGGCUCUGGCUCCCUUCAACAGCCUCUUCCCAGUGUCUCUGGACCAGAGUGUGGCGGAGCGGUCCAACUUCCUUUCCCAUUCCUUUCAGCAGCUGGACCGUAUCGAUUCCCUCAGCGAGCAGAUCGGCUUUUUGGAGGAGCGCCUCGAGACCUGUUCCUGCCAAGAGAAGAUGUAAAGGAGACCAUAAGGAGGCUCUAAAGGAUGGAGGUCUACUUCCUUACUUAUUCCAGGCAGUUUCACAGUGGACUGUUUUCACGAUGACCUGUUUCUCAGUGAUUUCAUAGUUGCGGCUCGCUGAAAUGACCGUGGUAAGAACGUGCAGUGUAGUGUCCAUGCCUGCUUGUGGAGUGAUGGCACUACAGGAUGGAAGCAGUAAUGGCUGAUUGUUCUGAACAACAAUCAUGGACAUCUUAUUUAUUUGUUUGCCGUAACACAUUGCUAAGACCUUUUCCUACAGUGUAAAUAUGAAUUUUAAGGCAUUGUUUGCCUUUGCACCCUGAAGUUUGUCAUUUUAAAUCUAUAGCUAUAUGAUAAAACCACCACUAGUCAGGAAAGUCAACACCUUUCUCAACUGUAUUUACCCUCAGAUUUAUGGGUUAUCUGUAUUUAUGUAUUUGUCAUUUAGUGUGCUUCUGUGGAUCAGUUGUAAGUUCUUCUGAUGAUAGAAUUGUUCCCAAAAAGACACAUUUGUGGCAGCGGAAUCUAAAAAUGGUUAACGUUAGUACCCACUUGGAACCCAGUGCUGGUUCAAAGAUUCAUUUGUCUUACAGAAUCACACACAUGCAACCAUUAUGGAAUCAUAGAAAAAUUAUUUAAUAAACCAUUUCCAGACAGGUUCAGUGAGACUAUAAAAUCCUUAGUAGUACCAGAGCUGUAUACUGUAUAGUAAGUAGUUCACAUUGCACUCAUAUGGACAUAUGAAUAACUAUACUUAAAUAUAGAAACACACAAGGUUCUGCAUUUAAACCACAAAUUUUAAUAAGUCUGGUUAAUUCAGUAGAACACAUUUUAAACAAUUUUGAAAGUCCUCACUUGUAAUAUCCAAAACUGUAUUUUAACACUUAAAUACACAAACCUUUGUAUGAAAUAAUCACAAAAAAAGCCAUGGGUGAUAAUUCAUGGAAGAGUUUGAGUACAGUUUAAGCAUUAUCCAGUAAGGGCCAUGGAGGUCCCAUGAUUCCCAACUGUACCUGUCUAUGAACAGCCAUCAUUCCUGUGGAACCUCAGAGCAUUUAUAAUCACAACAUCAUUCAGGAAAUACAUCUCCUACGCAAAACAUUUUAUACCCAUCCUCCUAACUGGUGACACUGACAGCAUGUAGAGUUGUAUCUGAUUCAUAAACAGGUCAAAGGCUGUCCACUUUGUUUUAACAUUAUGGAAUGUGUGAAUAGCAGUUACUGCUUGCUUCCAAACAGCCUUAAGAUGAAGUAUCAAACUGCUGUAUCAUUAUUUAGUGAUUCUAAGAUAUACAACACAAUCUCAUGAACAGCAGUCCCCAAGAAAGUAUUUUGUUGGAAAAAAAUUGAAGUGCAUUUCAAUCCAUUAACGAAAGUGCAGCAGUAUUAAGCUUGCCUUCACUAAAGGGUUCCUGGUGUCUUUUGGAACUUGUAGCAUUCUGUGUAAAACUGGCUGCCUUCCUCCAGCAGUUAAUGAAAUAAAGGCUAUUCCUUUGCCAACAGCAGAAGUGUCUCUGUCCACUGAAACACGUUUCUAGAAAGAGUACAGCCAAACUGCAAGCAGAAUCCACACAGGGUACUUGAAGUGGGUUCCUUUUUUUAAAUCAAGAUUUUUUUUUUUUUUUUUUUUAAACCACCUUAACUAGUGCAAAAAUGUGCAUCUCCAAGAUGGGAAAAAGAAAAGUCUGCACUACAUUAAUUCAGGACAGGUAGGAAAUAGGACUAGAAAAGAUUCAAUGCAGUGUGCUACUUCAAAAAUUCAAAGUAUAACAAAUGGCAGGCCACAAGAAAAAGAAAACCUGACACGGUUUCCCCAUCAGCCAAACACUGAACAUUGCUUUUCACUGUUAGUGUUUCUAAUUCUGUUCAAGCUCAGGCAGUACUGGGCAUACAGCAGUGAGGCCAUGGUUUCUAUUUUUGAACAAUUCACCAGUUGCUUAAAACCUGACCAGGCACAAAUGGAGUCAUAACUUACAUGAACAGUAACAUUUGUCCAGUGAAUACUGAACAACAGAUUCCACACUGAACUCUAAAAUUACCACUGACAUUUUUUUUUGUACAUGUGCACUGUAAGACACUAUAUCAAGCUAUCUUACAAGAAAAAAAUAAAUUAUUGAAUAUACAUAUAAAUAGAGGGUGACAGCUUGGAAACUUAGAUUUCAUGCAGAUUGUUGAUAAUGGUAAGGGGUGGGAAACAAAAUAACCUAUAUCCCUGAAUAAAACAAUGACACUGGGAGAAAGAGGAAAAAAAAGUUAUUUUUUUUAUCAGUAUUGCAUUCUGUUGUGUUUUCAUCAGUCAGAUUUAAUUUGAGAGAGCUCCAAUUCAGAAAAAUUGUGAAAAAGGUGCUGGUGAAAUUGACCUGAAGGUAGGUGUAAAAAUAAUGGGAAGGAUAGAAGACGAAGACAAAAAAAAAAAAAAAAAAAAAAA